AUGUCUUAACAAAAAUCUCAAUAACUUACACUUGGCUAAUCAGCUCUUGCAGGUUUCUAUGGUUCAGAUUUUCAGACAAGAAGAAGUCAAAAUAGCAAUGAAAAGUAUAGAAGAGGUAUUGAUUCUGCCCACAAGAAGUCGUCUGCACCUAUGAGUCCAAUUGCAAACAAUGAGAAGGCUAAAAGAUUGUUUCCUUCAAAAGAAAAAAUAAAUCAAUAUAAGGGUAACCUUGCUUCUAAAGCGACCUAAGAACUUGAUUUCCAUCAUUCUAAAUUUGAGAUAAUGAAGAUGAAUAUCUUGAAUCUCACUGAUAGAGAAAGAUUCUAGCAUAAAAAUUUAAAAGGACUUAUUGGCUAUGCAAAGAAAUUGACCUAGGAAUUAGAGGACUACCGUAUUAAAGUUAAAAUGGCUGAGAAGAUCAUUCAGGAUUUAAAGAGUACAGGCAACGAAAGUUUAGAUUCACUACUCCACAUGCUUAAUGGUUAUCAGGCUAAGUACAACUAAGUCAAGCAUGAGAUUGAAAAAUUGAAACAGCUGGUGAUGCUAAAAGAUGAUGAAAUUUUAUAGCUUGAUGAAGAUAUUGGUGAUCUAAGUAGUUUUGUAUCAACAGCCAAAGCGAAAUUAGAAGAUAAAAUUGAUGAUUUGUUGCAUACUCUAGAAGAAAAUAAAAGAAUGAUACGAAGAUAGGAUAAAAUUAUUGUAGAUCUUUAGCAGAAGAAUGAGGUAUCUUAACUAAAUAUUGCAGAAACAGCUGAAGAAGCCCAAAGAAGAGGAAAGGAAAAGAACAAGCUUUAGCUUAAAUUAAAAGAACUUGAGGAUCAGAAGAGUAAUAUCUAGGACUCAAUUCAUAACAUAGAAAGCAAGAUUGGCACCUUCAGAACAUAGUAUGGCAAUAGUUAAAAUAGUUCUCAUCCAUACUAGACAAAUGCGAAUUAAGAAUCAUAAAACUAUCUAUAACAGCAUAGCAUUCAAUGGAAAGAUGUGCCUGUUAUCAAAGGUAGUACUGCAAUAGUGAGGGAUAAUACUACUUCAAGUAAACAGCCAUUGUAGUAAAACACCAAUACCUAGAAUACUGGUCCUUCUCCAUUAAAAUCAGCUUUAGCUUCUAAGUCAAUAAAAACAGGAUAGUAAACAAACUUUAAGUGGACUCAGAAAAGCAAGUAGAACUGUAGACAACCGUUUUUAAGAUAAAAUAAAUAUCAAUUAGAGAUUUGGAUUAAGAAUAGCAAGAAAUCAGCAGUGGGAGCUCCUGUCAUUAGGAAAUUCUAGAACGAGGAGAUUUAUUAAAAGUAUAAUGUAAACCUUUCAGGAAUCCCCCUUCAAAUUGCAGCCAUCUGA